CUCAUGCAAGGGUAAGCAGUAUCUAAAGUUACAGUAGUGAGACACGGAUUUCUUUACUAUCUAAAGUUUUUCUCUCUAAUAAAACAUCUGAAACUCAAGACAUCUUUAGAAAGCUCUUGCUGAAACAUGUUGGAAGACAGCGCAUCUUAUUUUCACCCUGAAGAUAUGUUUUCUUUCCUCAUUCUGAAUUGAUGGUCAACAGAUGUGGAAGCCGUGCCGGUUGGUUGGGUUGGCUCGUAAAGUCAUUUGUGAAAGACAGAGAUGAAUCCUCUUCAUACUGGUACUUGGCAGAACAAUGUUCCAUCUUUCUGGCUUCUGAAAUUCAGUUUUAUCUGGCUGGUCAGUCAGAACUGUUGUACAGCCAGCGCAGUUUGGACUGCGUACAUGAACAUAUCAUUUCACGUGGGGAACCGCAUGCUGUCAGAGCUGGGGGAGACUGGGGUCUUCGGCAGAAGCUCCAUUUUGAAGAGAGUAGCAGGAGUUGUUGUGCCACCAGAGGGAAAAAUUCAAAAUGCUUGUGAUCCCAAUACCAGUUUCAUCCUGCCACGGAACAAAGAGCCGUGGAUUGCACUCAUUGAACGGGGAGGUUGUGCCUUCACACAGAAAAUUAAGGUGGCAUCUGAGAACGGAGCCAGAGGAGUGAUCAUCUAUAACUUUCCAGGUACUGGCAACCAGGUUUUCCCCAUGUCUCACCAGGCAUUUGAAGACAUCGUUGUAGUUAUGAUUGGUAAUGUCAAAGGUAUGGAAAUUUUGCAUUUAAUUCGGAAGGGAGUUCAUGUUACAGUUAUGGUUGAGGUGGGAAGAAAACAUGUCAUUUGGCUGAAUCACUAUUUUGUCUCCUUUAUGAUCGUCACAACCGCCACAUUAGCAUAUUUCACCUUUUAUCACGUUCGGAGACUUUGGGUGGCAAGAAUUGAGGACAGGAGAUGGAAGCGACUAACAAGAGAGCUCAAGAAAGCUUUUGGGCAGCUGCAGGUUCGAAUAUUGAAAGAAGGGGAUGAGGAAGUAAAUCCAAAUGCAGAUAGCUGCGUCAUCUGCUUUGAAGCCUAUAAGCCUAAUGAAAUAGUUCGUAUUCUCACUUGUAAACAUUUUUUCCACAAGAAUUGCAUUGACCCCUGGAUCCUAGCCCAUGGCACAUGCCCCAUGUGCAAAUGUGACAUUUUGAAAGCUCUGGGGAUUCAGGUGGACCUUGAGGAUGGAACAGACUCUCUGCAAGUUCUGAUGUCAAAUGAAUUGCCUGGAACCUUUUCACCUGUGGAAGAAGAGACGAAUAAUGAGCUUCCUCCUGCAAGAACUUCAAGUAAAGUGACCCACGUGCAGGAGCACCCUACUUCUAUGAAUGCUGACAGCCAGCCCCCCGAAGCAGAGGAAACCGGUCAUCCUUCACAUGGACAGCGUGACCUUUGAGCAAAUGGAUUAAACCUGCUUGUCAGAUCAGGUCCUCACGAUGACAAGCAGUUUGCUUGAAGUGUGGUUUUUGUGUGUGUCAUUUCCUGUCACUCUGCUAAUUCUCCAAAUUCACUGUCAAGCUUCAAAUAUAGGGGAAAGAACCUGGCAGAA